AUGUUUAUAUGUUUUGUUAUUGUCAAUGAAACACCCCACGCCCUUCGCGGUUUAAUCCUGUCUUCCUUAUCAAAGGUUGGUGCAAGAUGCUUAACGGCACAGGCUGCAACUGCGCUUCGAGAAAGUGAACCUAUGUUCAGAUACGAGGAAUAUGCUGAUAUUGACUGGAAUAACCUCGGAUUUGGUCUCACGCAAACCGAUUACAUGUAUACGGCUAAAUGCAAAGAAAACGAAAGUUUUCAACAGGGCCAAUUACGUGAUUAUGGCAACGUAGAGUUAAGCCCAGCUGCUGGAGUUCUAAACUAUGGCCAGGGACUUUUUGAAGGUACAAAAGCUUAUAGGGGAGAGAAUGGUCGAGUUUUCUUAUUUCGCCCAGAUCAAAAUGCUAUUCGUAUGCAAAUGGGAGCCGAGAGAAUGUGCAUGCGCUCCCCAUCUGUACAACAAUUUGUAGAUGCGGUGAAACAGACAGCUUUUGCUAACAAACGUUGGAUUCCUCCCCCAGGAAAAGGAUCUCUUUACAUUAGGCCUUUGCUCAUUGGAACUGGGCCUAUAUUGGGCUUAUCUCCUUCUCCCGAGUAUACGUUCUUAGUAUAUGCUUCUCCUGUUGGCAAUUAUUUUAAGGAGGGUACAGCACCAUUGAACUUAUAUGUUAAUGACGAGUUUCAUCGUGCAACUCGUGGUGGAGCAGGAGGUGUCAAGAGUAUUACAAAUUAUGCCCCGGUACUACAAGCGAUAUCAAAAGCAAAGGAACAAGGGUUUUCGGAUGUAGUAUACCUUGAUUCAGUCCACAAAAAAUAUGUUGAGGAGGCCAGUUCAUGUAAUAUGUUCCUUGUCAAGGGAAAUGUUAUUUCAACUCCUGCAACCGUUGGUACUAUUCUCGAAGGAAUCACAAGAAAAAGCAUCAUUGAUAUUGCACGUGACUCUGGAUACAAGGUCGAGGAACGUUUAGUCACAGUAGACGAAUUGAUGGAAGCCGAUGAAGUUUUCACUACCGGAACAGCUGUUAGUAUUGCUGCCGUUGGUAGUAUUACAUACAAUGGUCAAAGAAAGGAGUACAAAACUGGCGAUGGACUCCUUGUGGAUCUGACUCUACUUCUUCUUGGCAUCAUUUUGAAGGUGGUUGAGUUCGUGACAGUGUUUCGGGAGUUUGAUCUUAUCACUACAGUUCGACAUCGUGAGGUACUUCUGAUGAUCACGGGAAGGAAAAGACGUGAUCGUACACCUCCUUAUGUUUGA